AUGCUCUCCAGAUCUUCCUUGUCCGUGCCACCUUGUGCCCCUGCUGAGCCCGGGGGGCAUUGCUUUGACAGAUGGAAGGACUACCUCAACCUCUCCAAGGUUGUGGGAAACAUAAUUGAGGAGCGCAAGAAGGGCCAACUUUUCUGCCCAUACUGGGACAGCCUCGAUCCUGAUGUGCCCCCACUCCCUUGCGAGGACCCCCUUGGAGCCACGGUGCAGUGGGCCAACAGGAGUGGGACCAGUGGCAGCACCAUCUGCAACUUCUGCAAGCAUAAUGGCGAAUCGAAAAAUGUCUACUUGUCCCACCCGCUGAAGAGGGCGGACGGGGUGGUUGUCUGCCCCAUCCUAAGGAAUUACGUCUGCCCCUUGUGCACUGCCACGGCGGACAAAGCACACACGCUGAAAUACUGCCCGCUCAACCAGGAGAAGCAGUCGGUGUAUCGUAAGAGUGGACGCAACUCGGCUGGACGCAAGGUCAAGAGAUGAAGAGAUGGGGUCGAAACCUCGAAACCCGUCUGGGUCUGGAAAAGAGAAGAUCAAAACCGAUGAGUGAGGAUUGGAGAGGGAGCAACAACAUGUGGAGCGAAACAGCUGGAAGACUCCAACAUAGCACUGUUUAUUUAUUUAUUUGUUCUUUCAAACUUUUUGUCUUUACCGAUAAGUG